AUAAAUUUUAACUUAAAUGUCAGAUUAUAACGAAGUGAACGAUAUUCGAUUUAAUCAGGAUAAGGAUUGUUUUAUUGUAUCACUUAAUGAAGGCAUAAGGAUAUAUAAUUUAGAUCCUCUUUAUGAAUUAUUUUAUCUUGAUUCUACAAUUUGUGGAAGCAUUGCAUUUUCAGAAAUGAUAUAUAGAACAAAUAUCAUAGCAAUGGUUGGAGGUGGUCAAGAGCCCAUGUUUGCAGAGAAUGUUGUGGUUAUGUGGGAUGAUUUUAGAAAAAAAUUUAUAUUUGAAUUUAUUAUCAACCUUCCUGUAUUAGAAAUCCAUGCCACUCGAGACAAAUUGUUUGUUGUAGUUCAAAACCAGAUCCAAAUCUACCAAUACAUUUGCGACCCGCCUACAAAAUUAUUCUCUCUAGACAUUAGAGACAAUUUUACUGGAUUGUCGACUCUCUACGUGCCCCCUAUUCAACCAACCCCGUCACAUACGAGUCCUAUACUACUCGUGGCAUUUCCGGGUAUCAAACGAGGCUCCGUGCAAAUCAUGGAUUUGAAUUCUCAAAAUUUGGAUAAGAGUUUUAGGAGUCACACGCUAAAAGCCCACGAAAGCCAAAUCCAUUGUCUAAGCUUCAACCGAACCGGCACCUUGCUGGCAACGGCGUCUCUCAAAGGAACCCUGGUCAGAAUUCACGAUAUAUCCGGCUUGGUAAAAUCCUUUGGUUUGUGGGAAACCAAAAACGCUCACGGUAGGUUACUUUCGGACAUGAUGACGAAAUCUCCCCGAAAACCUUGUAGUUUAUUAUACGAAUUAAGGAGGGGGUCGGAUUCCGCGCGGAUAUACUGCGUUAAUUUUAGCUUUGAUUCUCAGUUCGUUUGCACGGCCAGUGAUAAAGGAACCGUGCACGUUUUUUCCCUCAAACCAACGUCGAGUAACGCGUCGCCCCUUUUGCCUUCCUCGCCUCUCAAAUCUAGUCAUAGCAAAUUCCGAAUAUUGGAUCCCAUGAUCCUGACUAUGAGCGAUUCGCAAACUGGGUUGACUCAUUUUCCCGUUACCCCUGACAAAUUAUGCUUGUGCACAUUUUCGGCAGAAGAUGCCACGAAUAUUUACGCUAUCAGCGCCGACAAAACCAUUCAAAAAUACGUUUUUACCUUGGAUGGAAAUAAUUGUAACAGAGAAAGUUUCGACAAUUAUUUAGAUCUUGCCCAAUAUCCCGAGAUUUGAAGAAGGAAGAGAGAGAGAAAAAAAUUGAAUCGUUAUUAAAAUAUUUAUUUAAUUUAAAUCGAAUUUAUAUAUAGUAUAUUAUAUUUAUUUUUUUUAAAUUUAUAUAUUCCAGAUUGUUUAUGCCUCAUAAAAUUUAUUUAUUUUAAAAUAAAAUC